AUGAAUCUGAUUCGAAAGUUUAUGGAUUCUGGCGUAAAGUCGGAGCUGGCUCUGAUUGCAUCGGGCCAGUUUGAUUUAUUACGUUCCAAGAGGUCGCCCAAGGCGUCCCUAGAGUGCAUCUAUACUGACGCCACUUUAAGUUUGAGAGAAACGGGCCAGUAUUCGUAUGCGUUGGUGGUCAGAAAGAAUGCAGAUGAGCUAGAAGUGUCUAACGGAGACGGUUCUGACGAUUUUUCAGAUGAUUCGGUAAGUGCUUUAUCUGUUCAGAGUAAGAAGAAAGAGGAUGAGUGGGUAUUUGAGCUUUCAGAAGAAACUGGGUUUCAUAAAAGAUGGAAUAAGCACGGAGAUAUGUCAUUUUUGUGGAAUAACACUUUGGGUGAUGAGGAGGACGAGAAAGUACAGUUUGUGGUGGCUUCUGACGUUUCAAUGGGGGACUGUGACAAAUUUCUGCUCACUGCUCAGCGUUGUGAGUAUGAGGUGAAAUAUAAGGAAUCAUAUUCAAAUGCUACGCGCGAAGAUUUGAAGAAAAUUGCAGCACACGCUGCGCUCUUGGCCAACGAUUUUGAUUACGAGAGUGUCUCUGCAAGUGAUAAGGAUCGACUGGAUUUGGCCGAAAAUUUGAGGUCCUUAGAGCUGGAGGAGUCGAAUGAGAGCGAUUCGUCUGAGUUUGAAGAUGCGAAGGAGACCGUGCAAGAUCUUAAGACGCCAGUGAAGGAAAUCAAGAGUGGUCCCAAGGGUGGGCAACUGUGUUUGCUGACAUGCGAAAUCUCUAUCUUCGAUCCCAAGCUGGAGAAAUUUGUCUUGCAAAGUGACAAUGUCCGUGCAGCAGUGAUCGAAACUGGUAACUACGAAUUUUGGUUGGCCAUAGAAGGUGAUGAUCUGCGACUGGGUACCAAUAUUUCCCCCAAGAUUAAUCCCACCACUGACGUUCAAAGAAAUGCCUUUAUCUUUAACUACGCAUUCAGUGGUAUUACACUUUCCUAUAUGCUAACAUUUGCUACUAAAGUGGACUGUUUGACAUUUGAAUCAACCGUCUCUAGAUGCCUGUGGCUAUCAUUGAACAGGACACCAUGGGAUAAAGUUCCAGAUCAAGGAAAACAAUACAUUGUGAGUUCAGCGACAGCUGUUGAGAGAGAGCUUGAUGAAAUAUUGGCAGAUGAUUAUAGCGAGAGUGAGUCAGAGAAUGAAUCCUCUGAUGAGGAGAGCGAUGAAGAAGAACAUUCGAAAAUAGCCAUCUCUUCCGAGAGCUUUGGAGAUUUCAGCAAAGGUCGCAUUCGAGAUGAAGGUAAUAGAUCGCUUACUGUUGCAUUCAAAAAUGAUAGAUCGUACGUUGUUCGUGGUGAUAAGAUUGGGGUCUUCAAGACGGACUCUGAAGGCUUGGACUUUGUGACAGCCAUCAGAGAUGUCAAAGACUUGUCAGGCAAGAGACUUGAUCCCCAAAACCCAAUGCUUUACAUGGAAGAUCAGGCAAUGAUUAUAAGAGAUGGUAUAAAUGGUAACAAGCUGUAUAAAAUGGAUUUGGAAAGAGGUCAGGUCAUAGAAGAAUGGGAGGCCGGCGGAAAGAACGUUGUCCAGGUCGGCCCUACCAAGAAGUUCGACCAGUUAACUCCGGAACAGACUUUGUUAGGUGUUUCGAAUAAGGGUCUAUUCAAGCUCGAUCCAAGGUUGAAUAAGAAAGACAAGGUGGUCCAGGAUCAAUCAAAGGAAUACGCAACAAAUUACAAGUUCAGCUCAUUAGGAACCACAGAGAACGGUUAUAUCGCAGUGGGAUCCGAAAAAGGUGACGUUAGAUUAUAUGACCGACUAGGCAUCCGAGCAAAGACAGCGAUACCGUCACUUGGUCAACCAAUUGAGCAUAUCACAACUUCCUCCGAUGGCCGUUGGCUAUUAUGCACAUGCGAAUCGUCUUUGUUACUGUUUGAUCUCACUGUGAAAACAGGUAAAAAUGCUGGAAACAUUGGCUUUUUGAAGUCAUUCCCUAAAGAUGAGAAUGCCAAAACGUAUAUCCUCAAGAUUAGCCCCGAGCAUGCCAGUUACAUUGUUACAUCUACCAAAAAGCCUAUAAAGUUUUCUAAAGCCUAUUUCAACACAGGUAUAGGGAAAGAGGAGCAGACAAUAGUGACUUCCAGUGGUCCAUUUGCUAUCUCCUGGUCAUUGAAGAAGGUACUAAAGGGCGAUAAGAAACCGUACGUGAUGAAAAAGUAUCAAGCAGAUGUCAUCGAGGACAACUUCGAAUUUGGAACCGAUCGGAAGGUCAUAGUGGCGCUCAAGAACGAUGUCUCCAUGUCGAAGAUACGGUCUUUCAAAAGCCCAGAUAAACAAAUAAUGGCCCCCAAUCUAAGCCUAUUUUACAGUGAUGAAGAUGAGGAAAAAACUGUCGUCAAACCAGAGUGA